AUACCUCAUACAACCAGCAGAGAAGCAGCCUGAAGGGUCUCGAUGGUCGGCAAAAAAAUUGUGGAUGGUUAUCAGAGAUCUCGGCCCAUACAGCAUGAGUGAAGGUGAUGUUGUGAAACUCGGCCGUUUCAAACUGCGAGUUCGUCAACUAUGCUGUGAUGAAUCAGAAGAGCCA